AUGGAUAUCAGCCUCAUUUUUAUUGUACUCGGUACGCUACUUACUGGUGCUGCCAACUCGCUACUCACAAAAUACCAAGAUAACCAAUGUGUACGCAACUGUGAAGACACAGGUUCCUCCCCGCAGUAUUUCAACCAACCGGCGAUACAAACUUUGCAAAUGUUUUUAGGUGAAUUGGCCAUGUUUUUCGUUUACUUGGGGUAUAAAUGGUACUACUCAAGGUCGUAUAUUCAAUUAGAUCAAGAGGAAAGCACCGGUGGUGGUGUAGCUCUUUUCAAGCAUUGGAAAUUGGCAAUCCCAGCAAUAUGUGAUUUAAGUUGCACAACAUUGCUCAAUAUUGGACUCAUUUACGUGCCUGUCUCAAUAUACCAAAUGACUCGUGGGUCGGUAGUGUUGUUUGUUGCUGUAUUAUCGGUUGUAUUUCUCAAUCGAAAGAUUUCCAAAUUACACUGGAUUGCUUUAGUUGUGAUUACUUUGGGUGUGGCCAUUGUUGGACUUAGUGGAACACAAACAAAGGAAAAAGAGGCUACACUGAGUGCUGGGUUGAUUGUGUUUGGUAUUUUGUUGAUAAUUGGUGCCACUUCACUACAAGGGGUGCAAUUUGUUGUUGAAGAGCACAUUUUGGCCAAACAACCAAUAAUUCCACUACAAUUGGUCUACAUUGAAGGGUUUUUCGGGGCAGUGACAAUUGUCAUGUUCAUGGUGGUGCUCAACUUUGUGGCAAAGGCCGUUCAAUCACCAAAAGAAUUUGCCCAAUCCCCAUUCAACAUUGUAGAAGCAUUUUCAGAAGUUUUGGGUAACAAAACCGUACUUGUUACUUCAUUUCUUAUUAUGGCAUCAAUUGCCAGUUUCAACUUCUGUGGGUUAUCCAUUACUCAUCGAAUCUCAGCCACUGCAAGGUCAACUGUCGAUACAUGUAGAACAUUGAUUGUGUGGUUAUUUGCUGUUGUGGUAAUGCGAUGGGAGCACUUCAAGUUUUUGCAAAUGAUGGGGUUUGCCAUACUAGUGUUUGGAACCCUAUGGUUUAAUGGAGUUAUCGAGGUAGAGAACUGGAGCUUUAUCCCCAGUUGGUUAAAGGAAGGGGAAGCAGAAGAUGAGAGAACUCUGAUUGAUGAGGCAUUAGAGGAAAGACUUAUUAGUUAG